GUGGAAAAGUUGGGUGGCCUACCCGUCUCUGUAACCGACGUCUGGCAGGCGACAGGACAGCGGCCCGAAGCUGGCGUCACUUGGGAUCCAGUGCGCAACAUCAAUGCCGCCAGUCUAGUGGGGUCAAUGAGCAGUGGCAGAAAAAAUCAGAGAUACUCUUCCAGGGUUCGAGCGUGUGGUUUGCGAUUUGAUCGGAUGUAUUUCAAAUCGGCACCCGAUGAACCCACCCACCCGGUAGACUUUGAACUAAAAGGCCUCGAGAAGGUGCCACGGGCCGUCUGCUUUCCCUCGGAUCACUGGGCGAUUGUUGGCCACUUCAGCUUGGUCUAG